AGUGUUUCAUUCAAAGCUACAUGGCUGCUGGACAUGGUCACGAACACGGACAUGGUCAUGGUAAAAUGGAACUUCCAGAUUACAGACAGUGGAAAAUUGAAGGGACGCCAUUAGAAGCAAUGCAGAAGAAGCUUGCCGCACGAGGGCUGAGGGAUCCAUGGGCUCGCAAUGAGGCUUGGAGAUACAUGGGCGGCUUUGCAGACAAUAUCACCUUCACGAGCGUAAUGUUAAAAGGAUUCAAAUGGGGGUUUGCUGCCUUUGUGGUAGCUUUAGGGGCCGAAUAUUUCCUGACUUCCCAUGAGGAUAAGAAGCGUCACUGAAGAGAGCACCUUGUGACAUCUUUCAUGAAAAUAAGAUUCUCUUAUGGUAGCAUCCUUGGCUGUAUAUCUGUCCUUGAAAGAAUAUUAGUAUGGUUUAAUAAAGCAAGAAAAACUGUGGGUUUUUUGUAACUAUUAAAUAAAAUUAAAAA